AUGACAUUUUUAUUUGCAGCGGAAGACUUGAAUUUAAUUAAAUCGUCGGCUGAAGUCUCGUCUUUUUUUUCUCCUCAACCGUAAUAUGUUUAAUGGCGCCAGCUAUCCAAGAUACAGACACGAAUUUUUCUGUUCAUUGCUAAUGAACACAAAAGAUUUCUGAUUCUCAGCCAUCACCACCAACGCCACAACCACCAGCACAACCACCACCCCACCACAAAACUAGGGUUUGCCACGGUUAAAGUUAAUGGAAGUGAUGGUCUAAUUAACAUCGAACAAAACAACCACUUUCUUUAUUUUAUUUUAUUUUAUUUUAUUUUAUUUUAUUUUAUUUUAUUUUAUUUUAUUUUAUUUUAUUUUAUUUUAUUUUAUUUUAUUUUAUUUUAUUUUAUUUUAUUUUAUUUUAUUUUAUUUUAUUUUAUUUUAUUUUAUUUUAUUUCUUUGUCACGAAUUUGUAGACUUAGCUGAUUCGAAAAAAUGACAUUUUUCAGAAACUGCCAACCGAUAAUCAUCGAUGGAAAUCACGCCUGACGGUAAGGGAUAGAAAGAAGAUGCAAUCGGAUGUCGCCAGAUCCACAAAUCCAGCAGCAAAUUGUUUUGUGGAGAAAUAGAAUGAAAAAAAAAUAUGACAGGGCAUGAAAGAUGGGCGGAAGAAGGGUGGGUGUUGACAGACGCAUGCGAUCCACAGAAACAUAAGAAUGAGAGACUCAUUAACUGGCUCGGCACCUCCUCCACAUUUUAUUGUUUUGCUGUCUGGAAUGGAGAGAAAAGAAGAAGGAGAAACUUGUAAAAUAUGUGAUUUACAUUGUAAGAGGAAACAAGAAUAUAAACCACGUACACAUACACACUCACACUUAAUAAUGGAUGGAAGCAUUAGUGCGCCAAGUGCUUGCAGCACAUUCAUCACGGGAGCCACCAGCAAGAAGGUUGUUAUUUAUUGGGGUGGGAAUCAAAGUUUGGCAAUCACAUCAGUACAAGCCUGCUCGUCCCUGCCCGCCACCCAAGAGACCUCAGUCUUCAGUUCGCAGCCUCGCGCACAAAUAGUGAGAAACGAGGAGGAGACGGGAGACAAGCGGAGACAACCGCGAAGUGUAUUGGAAAUGAAGGAGAAAUGAAAGAAAGAUAGAGCAGGACAGAAUUCAGACUGAGAUAACUUUUAGAUAGAAACGGAGAGAACGGGAAUAGAUACACACACCCACACAAGGGCUGACAACAACUAAUAGAUGAUUGUGAUGAUGACGACGAUGAUGAUGAUGAUGAUUGUAUCUUUCUACCCUCCCUUAGGAUUUCGACGCGUGUUUAUCCUUCGUAUUCCCCGCAAUUCCCCAUUUCCGCCCUGAAUGAAUUAUUAUUGGCCUGUGAUGUAAAUUUGUCAUCGGCGCAUCGCUAUACUUAACUCUUGGCAGUCACACCAGCGACAUCAGCGACAUCAGCGACAACCAAUAACCCUUCAGUCAAUCUUGGCGUGCUAAUGCCCCGGACAUUUCAGUUGCCCACCCCACCCUACCCUCCCCUCCCCUCCCCCACUGAUCCCCACAACCUCCACAUCUCUCUCUCUCUUGCAUCCUCUCGCCUCCUCCCUCAUCCGCCAGCCAGCCGUGGGCGGGGGAUACAGUCGGCAUCUGCGAGCACACAUGACGUGCCGGCAACCACGUGGUCUGGAAACUUCUCGCCAGUCGAGAGUUCGACACCAGGGCGCGGGUCUGCAUGGUGCUUGCUCCCAUUCUGAGGAGUAGAACUCUCCUGUGCUCGUCUCCUUUUGCUCGAACUUUGACCUCAGGGGCGGCUGAGGACUAAAACAGAUUCCACGCUGUUCAUGGGUGGGCAUCAUCUCACCCAAUGACUGUGAUUGGUUCUUUGAUGAUGUUUGAGGUUUCGAUGAGGAUUUAAAAAUGUAUUUAAACUACAAACUUUUACGCCCUCAAUGGGUUUGGCGAGGAAGUUACUCAAAUCGUCCUGUACUGACAGGUGUUGUUUGAAUAAUAACGAGGAAACAGGUGAAGAAAGGAAAAAACUUCGAGCAAACUUCCAUCAUACUGACUUCAUGGGACAGGAGAAGGAAAACGGUGAUGUUUGAUAAAUUUUACAGGUGAUGUCUACUAAAGCUGCUCAUACAACUGACCAACAUUAAUUUCUUCUCAUUCGUGGACACGUGACAAUGAUUGUUGACUCUUGUCAGACAUACCUGUGGGGGAGGACUGUCGCUAAAAAGGACAACCUGUCUUAUUCUUAAAAAUCGACUCCUACGAGAGUUUUAAAGGCGGACACUUCAUUUCCAAGAAAACAAAUUGGAAAGUAUAAAUUUUCCUUUCAGGCAAUCUGUUUGUGCUAGAACGGGGGCCACCGCCAUCGCGGGGUGAAUCGCAAGCCAAUUUUCCAACCAAAAAGAAAAACUCCAAAACCAAGUAAAGAAUCAUUAUCUUUGUUCUCUCUUUUUCUAUUUCUUUCUCUCUUCAGUCAGAGAAGCAUGCGAUUACUGCGCAAUGAGGCGAACAGAGUGUUCUUUAUGGCUUUUAUGUCUCCGACAGUAUAAAUCACGCUGGUAGAAAAAAAAAACUUGCUUCCUAUCAGCUCUCUCCUUGCUGCAAGCAGAUUAACUGCCCUUGUUUUAAUUUGUUCGACUUUAUGUCGAGUGUCGAAUUCGAUUUUUAAAGACUAAUUUGCUUGUUGAAGCAGUGAGUGCUUCUCUCGGCAAUGAGAAUGGUGGACAUGAUUGCGUCCGAUUUGUUCCUGUGUACCGUGCAAGGAGCAUCCAAUUGGUUGACCUUUGCCCUUGUGGACGACUUAUCGCGAAGUUACAGAGCUUGCUGAUCACCGAAGGCGAGUCUGUCAUUUCGGUGAGAACUUCUGCUCAUUGAAUGGAAAGAUUGCUUGUGAAUUAGGGACCCUUGAGCAAAGACUACUCUUAGAUGAGAAAUUGGAUUCGUGGAUUAAAAACAUUGUCAGUGAUGACUGUUCAUGGACUAGGAAGGCUGUUCGAGAACAAGUAAAGGAUAUUAGACAUUUUUCUCGUGGAUCACAGAGACAGCGUGGAUGAGAAUAUUUAUUCCGGGGACUGAUUGUGGAUGAGAAAGACUGUUCGAGAAUAAGAAAAAAAAGGAUUAGAAAAAUAUCGCGUGGAUGAGAAACUAGUCACGAUGGAUUCAUUUCACGAUUUUUCUACUCCGUCCACGCUUCGUUCUUUGACGGAAGUGACAUGGUCAACGCAUGCAUGGCUUCCUUCUGCUACUUCUGGUAGUGGUGGUGGUGGUGGUGAUGGUGCCUCUUCGCAAAACACCACGUGGACUACCGCACUGUCGAUGGCCGCAGACAACGUCACGCACGCGCGCACCAACGGCAGCGACGAUUACGACUACACCUACGACUACGAGACCUCGGUGUCUCUGGACUCGCUGCCGCUAGGGGAGGUCAUCCCCGUGUCCUUGGUGUACGGCUUCACCCUCAUCUUCGGCCUGACCGGCAACGCCCUCGUCAUCAUCGUGGUGCUGCGGAACGAGAGGCUGCGCUCCAUCACCAACAUCUUUCUGACGUCACUGGCCUCGGCCGACCUCGUGCUCGUAGUCUUCUGUGUCCCCAUUAAGUGUGUUGCUUUCUUCUCCUUCACCUGGGCCUUCGGAGAGUUCCUCUGUAAGGCGGUCCACUACAUCCAGGCGGUGUCCAUGGUCUGCUCUGUGAUGACUUUGACUGUCAUGAGCGUUGAACGCAACGUGGCCAUUUUGUUUCCACUGCGCGCCAAGUACCUGUGCACGCGAGGACAUGCGCAGAUCGUCAUUGCCGUCAUCUGGGUUCUCUCCCUUGCCAUGGCAACUCCUGUACUCGUUGGCCAGAAACACAAGGAGGUGGGACAGGUCCGCAAAGCCUACUGGUGCGUGCGGGAGUGGAUGCGGCCGGAAGUGGGGAUGGCCUUCGACGUCUACAUGUUUGUCUUCCUCUUCCUCCUCCCUGUAUCCAUCAUGGCCGCCGCCUACACUGGCAUCGCGCGCGCCCUCUGGCGGGGGUCAGCCCUGCGUCGCUCCAUGACAGUUCCCUCGGCCUACACCUGUGCAUCUGCUCCUGCCGUUGGUCUCCGAGGCCGCAGCAGGCGCAUGCGCGGAAGUACGGACCUGCCGGCGCCACAGACCCACAGCAACCACGCCAACAACCACAACAACAGCAGCGGCCCGCAAGCCCACUACUGCCGUCUAGACCCUGGACUUGGAGGUGGGGCCGGCACCCAGCAAGACCACCCCAGUGCCAGUGGCGGAGGAGUCUGUGUUAGCAGCAGUGGUGGAGGAUCGGGGUCAAGAUCCGCCUCCAAAAGGUCAAGGCUAGAGCAGGAGAAAGUCAAGGUGGUGAAGAUGCUGGUCGUGGUGGUGAUGCUGUUCGCGGUGUGCUGGGGGCCUCUGUUGGCGCACAACGUGUUGGUAGCAUCCGGGGUCUUGGAAGCCUACCACUACGGCUACCUCAAGCCUCUGAGGCAGGCUCUCUUCCUCAUGUCGUACCUCAACUCCUGCCUCAACCCCUUCGUCUACGGCUUCAUGUCCGCUCACUUUCGCGCCAGCUUUCGACAAGCCCUCUUCUCCUGCUGUCACUUCCGGUUGCGCAAGCGCAUCGCGUUCGACACUGCAGCCUCCUUCCGGUCAAGAUCGACGGUGGUCAGCUUCCGCUGCGAGGCAAGGAUACAUUGCGGCCCCAGGCCCUGCGCCACCAGACGGCAGACGACGGGCGGAGAGGAGGGAGACAAGGGGUAUUCGGGUGUGGACAGCCCCAGUGUCAGUGCCACCAGCAUCGAGGACAGACGUUGACAAGGGAGAGAAGAAUGGAAUGAGGUCACAAACAGUCUGGGAUCAGUUUUUAUUUUUCACUCGUUAUAUCUGUUUACUAUUGUGUUUACUAAACAGAAACACUUCUUUUUGUUUUUCCAUUGUUGCAUUUUAAAGUUGUACAGCACGACUAAGACGAUGACAUAUUUAGACAGAAUGUAGGGAGUGAUUCCCCCUAAAUAAAAAGAGGAACUAAAAUAUUUUAAACAGUUAAUUGUUCUCUAGGUGUAAUUUAAAUUUGUUCAAUGCAGCUUUGAGUACAGACUACCUUUCAAACCUACCCUUACCAAGAAUCUCCUCUCCCUUCCUUGAGGCAAACAUCGCUUUCGUUGCAUCUGUCAAUGGAUAUUUGACAUUAAAAAAAAAAAAAGGUUGGAGACGACCGAGAAGACGAAAUAUGAAAUAAAAAUAUCUAUAACGACGAAAAAUGAAAUAUCUAAAACUUUAAAGUUCAUGACAAAUGCACUUUUCAAAAUUUUCAGUUCUGCUGAAACAAGUCUCUAGACAAUCAAAUACACAAACACACUUACUCUCUCUCCCAAAACAUACACAUAUAUAUAUAUCGCCAUAGAGUCCAUGUAAGGUACCCGAUUGUGAUUCAACAAAUUUACAAGACAAGCGUCUAAUUUACUUAUAACCUCCUUAAAUAAAAUACCACCAUCUGGAUUUCUUAGCCUGCGAUCCUACAUCAGGGAUGUAAGCUGGCAAACUACAGCCACAACUUGUUGUACACAAAGGACAGGUGGACUGUGUGGAUUGUGUGGACUGGGUGGACUGUGUACUUGUACACAACCUGCUGGCGACUGAACAUGGAAGUGGGCGGCGGGUGUGGGGAAUGACUCUUUCAUUUCAGGUUUCUGUUGGUCGAGCAAGUACAACAACUAGUAAGUAAAACGUUGACACUGUAAGACUAUGUACUACUUUGGUGACCCUUAGGUCAAUACCUUCACUACAUCUUGUCCACCACAAACCCUUCCGUCUUACAUAUUCUGAGUUUAAAAAAAAACAUGAACUUUUGAACUGUAUGCAGACACUACGGGAAGUGGGCAUGUAUGCAUGUACUCUACAAACUUCAGUGACAAUGAAUGGAAACAGGAAAUGUUCAGACUGAGUAAUGAGUGUGGUGCAAGUACAUGCACGUGGACUACAAACUUGUGAUAAAAGAGUUUAUUAUUACAAUGGGUCUGGAUUCCGGAGAUGUGAUAAAGGACGGCGAAAGUUGUCUCAGAUGUGAAAGAUCAGUGACAAUACAUUCAUCUUCCCCAGUUAUGUUGUUUACAUGUCAUAUUUGUUAUAAAAUAAAUUGAAACAUUGCAUGCACUCUUGGAAACUGCUUAUUUCUGGGUCCAAGCUGGAGGCGCUGCUGAAUUGUGAAAAUAAACCCUGACUGAAGUGUCUGUCAGUGAAAUGUUUGAACUGAUGGCUGUGGCCUGACAUUAUUCCUCGCUCUAUGUGCUUCAAGUGGCUGAAGAAAGUCCUGCAAAUUUGUAACUCCACCUUCCAGCACCUGCUGGACAAAUCAAGAACCUUACACCUGAGUGACCAGAGGAAGAUUUUCAGUCGCUGACCAGACCGAUCUUCCAGUCUAUGAUCCUCUACCCCGGAGUCGACCACCCUCUUCAACCCUUCCGAAAUAACCUUUCGUUAUAAAAAAUAAACAAACACAUUUGUUGUGCAGGUUCGUCGCUUCACCCCACGCUAAGAAAGUAAAUGUCAUGGAUGUGGUCAUAACAAGCUCUCGUACUGUCGCAAUCUCUGCAUUCAGUCUUGGCGAAGACAUGGCGAGGACAUCUCACGAAUGGUCCACUUACAGACGUCCUGAACAUUGUCAUGUAGGUUGUUGCCUCCACUCUGUCGUUUCAACGGAUGUAUCAGUGUUCACAUGAAAUAAAAACGAAUUUCUGAUA